AUGGCAGCAUUAGCACGUGCCCUUCCUACACCCCUCCACAACCCUAUGCCAGAGUACGAAGAUGUCCUGCCUUCUUCCUCUUCAUCCUCCUCGGCCCCACCCGUCGGACCGCAAAUACCCAAGUAUGGAAGUAGGAAAGGAUGGAAGCCUAAGACGGCGGUAGAUUAUAAUGGUGGUGGUGCUUAUCCUGAGUGUCAUGUCGCUCAGUAUCCCUUAGAUAUGGGCAGAAAGAAGACGGGAACCGGAACGACGUUAGCACUUCAAGUGGACCAAGAUGGACUGGUGAGAUAUGAUGCUAUUGCUCAACAUGGCCGAGCCGCCGGGUCAAAGGUCCAGUCAAGCUUCAAAGACCUCGUACCACUUGCGAACCGUACAGACGUCUCAGAAGCGGAGCGCGAGAUGGAACGACCCGACGCUUCGUCCAUCAACGACACCGCCGAGCGAACUCGACUAGCUUUGGAGAGGAUAACUCAUGGAAAAAUCAAAGCUGCUCAACCUAAACAUGUCCCUAAGACCAACAAUGACGCCACAUACAUUCGUUAUACGCCUGCCAACCAAGGUUCAAGCGAAGGUAAACAGCGUAUCAUCAAGAUGACGGAAGUUCAAGAAGAUCCAUUAGAACCUGCUAGAUUCAAGCAUAAAAAAAUCCCUCGAGGGCCUGCCGAACCUCCUCCACCAGUGUUACAAUCUCCUCCUAGACCUGCUACAGCUCAAGAUCAGAAAGAUUGGAUGAUUCCUCCCUGUAUAUCCAAUUGGAAAAACAACAAGGGUUAUACCGUACCGUUAGAUAAGAGGUUGGCAGCUGAUGGAAGGGGUUUACAAGAUGUUCAUAUCAACGAUAACUUCGCUAAAUUCUCUGAAGCGCUUUACGUCGCUGAUCGACAUGCGAGAGAGGAAGUUAGAGCGAGAGCGCAGAUGCAGCAAUUAUUGGCACAGAAAGAGAAAGCGCAGAAAGAAGAGAAUUUGAGAUUGUUGGCUCAAAAGGCGAGAGAGGAAAGAUCAGGUAUCACUUCCUCUGCUCCGUCCGCUGGUGCGACUGCUCCACCGAAGGAAUUGGGUAUGGGAUUGGGCGGAUACGAUUCUGCGAGUGAGGAUGAGUCUGAGGAAGAUGAAGGCUCUGAGGAGGAGGAUGAAGAAGCUAUAAAGGAGAGAGAACAGGUUAGGAACGAGAAGAGGAAGGAAAGAGAGAAGGAAAUGAGAAUGAGUAAUAUGGGUAGUGAGAUGAGGACUAAAAUGUUGGCUAGGGAAGCCAACAGAGAUAUAUCCGAGAAAAUUGCCCUAGGUCUCGCCAAACCUACUGCAGCCAAGGAAACCCUACUCGAUUCAAGAUUGUUCAAUCGAGAAUCCCUAUCUACCGGAUUCGCCUCUGAAGAUUCCUACAACCUAUACGACAAACCUUUGUUCCAAGGAUCUUCAGCCGCUGCUGCGAUAUACAAGUCCGCAGGAUCUGGUAAAGGUAAUGAUGAGUCUUACGGUGGAGGUACAGAAGAAGGUAUUCGAAAUGAAUUGGAGAAAGAUCGAUUCAACUUGGGUAAAGCUACGAAAGGAUUCGAAGGUGCCGAUUCAUCCGAAGCUAGAGAAGGACCAGUUCAAUUCGAGAAAGAUACAAUCAUCGCUUUGGAUGGAACGUCUGAUCCGUUCGGAGUGGAAUCGUUCAUGAAUGCCGCUAAGAAAGGUGGUAAGAGAGUGAAUGAGGAUAGGGAUGAAGAGAGAAGGAAAAGAGCUAGAGAUGAUUGA